AUGAGUAGCGAACAUAUCGCUAGCGAUACUGGCAGCUCAAGUCCCGUCCUCGCAUCGCAAACGCACGAGGAAAAAGAUAAGAACGGUCAAAGCCAUGAAAACUUUUCACCCUCCAAGUCGCGCCAUUCUAGAAUAUUGUCCGGCACCGAACUUUCUCCUUUGAAGAUUUUAAUUACGAAAGAGAACACUGUUGAGGAAGAGUCCCCUACACCCAGAAAGUUGGCGGCUGCUAAGAGCCCACGAAAAAUAUCACCAGAGAAACGUUUUCCUGUUAAAAUCAAUAGCAGCCCAUCCCCAACCUCAACCCCAUCUCCAACCCCGGAGACCCAGAAACACCAAAUUAAGGAGCAUCAUUUAUCCAUUGAUGAAGCGCUUCUUAGAAACGAGGGUUUGGCAACUGCUAUCAAGAUAUUUGAAGACGAUGAUACCACGCUUGAUGAUGGCGAAGAUAACGAAAUUGAUACGUCUACGUCAAUUGGCGAUCAGCCAGUCGGCAAUGAAUCCUUGGGUCCAGACGAUACCAUGAUCAGCACAUUAAGUAAUUUUUCUGCGGUGCCAAAUAUGACUAUGUUCGCAAGAAUUGGACAUAGUCCUACUAAGUUCGCCAACACGGGCGCUACUCCCCUCGCUAUGCGGAGUAAACCGGAGCCAUCGCCUUUGAGGACCCCUCGGCCUCCUACGAUGCAUGAAUCCGGAAACACCACCAAUCUCCUCAUGGACUUUACAGAACAGAUGGGUGGCUUUUCGUCCAGAUAUGUACAACAGACACCGAAUCGAAGUCAAUCAUUCGACAGAAAUCCGAGGCAUUCUAUUGCCGCAACGCCUCAGCGCCAACAGUCUAAUUUGCUCGAUUUCGAUAUCCCACCUCUUCCCACGCCUCGUAGUAUACCUACCGUAACACCCAGAGAAUUGGAGUCGCUCAAGUCGGGAUUCCUCUCCGAAAUUAGUAGCCUUAAGGCUUCCCUUAGCGGUAAAGAAGCCGAAGUUUUAGCUCUCAAGACGGCGGUAGGCGAUGCUGAAAAACGGGUGGGCGAAAGCAUGGAACAGGUUCGUGAAGAAAGGGCGAUGAAGGAAGCGAUGACCGAGGAGAGGGAGAAUUGGGAAGCGCGCAGCCGGGAGAUGGAGACUGUACUCCGCAAGGUUAAAGAAGAAAUCGGAAAGAGCCAGCGAGAGCGCGAGGAACUCGAAUCUAAGCUAGAUGAGAGUGAGAAACGACGCGAGGCCGCCGAGAUUAUGGCGCAGGAGGCAGAGAGUAAAAUGGCAGGCAUGCGCGCUGGCAAAGCCACUUCAGAAGCGGAGAGUGGUAAUAAGUCUCCCGAUAAGACUAAGAAUACCGGAUCUCGCGAGGUCGAAAUCGCUGUGGAGCGUGUGGCUCGUGAAUUACACGUACUUUACAAAAGCAAACAUGAGGCCAAGGUUGCAGCCUUGAAGAAGAGCUAUGAGAACCGCUGGGAAAAGAAGGUUCAUGAGCUCGAGUCUAGAAUCGAGGGGCUUGCCGAGGAGAACGAGAAACUAAGACUCGACCAGGACGUCACCAUGAACAGGGUUGAUCCCGAUCAAACUCUCGCAGACGAGGAACGCAAGGUCCAGGCUAUCAGGAACUCGGCGCAGAUCAAGGAAAUGGGCGCCGAGAUCGAGAAACUCGAAGCUGUCAUCGACAGCAUUAAGAUGGAUAAUCAUGAGCUCCGCCAGCUCCUCGAAAAGGAGCGCGUCGAGAAGGGCGAGCUUGUCAUCUUAGCCGAAGAAUUGAUGGCGAUGCAGAGUCUUAUCCAGACUGAACCGCCGCCGCGGCCGCCGCCGUCACAGCCGACUGUUACCAAGACUCCGCACGCCCGCCCUGAGAAUUUUCGCAACAGCAUCGGCAGCCGGCCGUCGGGUCUUAGAGCUCCCGGGUCGGUAAAGAAACCGACAGAGAGUAGAAUUGGUGGCAUUGCUCAUGACCGGAGUAGGAAUGGUGGAUCUCAGGGGGGUCUACCACGCCCCGGUAGUGGCACAGCUAUGCGGAGCGGCAUCAUGAGUUCUAUUGAGAAGAUGGGUAACUAUCGGAGUCGAGGCGAGUAG